CUCCAACGGAUCUCCCCCCCUUCUCCUCUCCACUCUCUCUCUACAUUAUUCUCUGUGCAUUUUAAUUUUUUCCUCUUUUUUUCUGUCACUGGGGGCCCGGUUUUCCCCGCCUACUCUCCUCAUUUUUAGCCUGAAACUAGAAUAGUGGAGCCAAGAAAUAGUUAAUCUCUCCGGCUGCUUCUAUGAUUGGCCGCUGUAUGCAGCGCUUCAGCCUCCUUGAAUGAGAAAUAGGGGUAACCAGGCAACUUCAGUGCAGGAGAAGAAGAUUAGAAAAAAAGAAGAUAGAUGUUUUAUGGGAUUUUUUUAUUAUUUUUUUUAGAAUUAUGGAGGAAUUUUGAAACAGAUAAAACACAGCAAAGGCAGUGUGAUUUCACCUUACGCGUCCGGCAAAUGGAAUUAACAAAUGGAUUUUCUUAAACGCGCUUUCUCCCUCUCUCUCUCUCCCUGUCUCUCUCUCAUUGGGGGGGAAAAAUCGAGCGCUCAAAUGAAGGGGGACACAGAUGUGGAUUAAAACGCAUAAAUGGGAGACUUCAGAGGAACAUCCGCUGAGAAAAGUGCUCGGAGCAAGUGACUGUGAUGGGCUGUCGGACUGCAUCUGAAGUACUCUACCAAAGAAUAAUAUCCACUCCUGACCUACUGUGAAGAACAAUAUUUGAUUCAAUCAAUGUUGCAGCCUCCCUCGAGGGGAAUUACUCCUGAGCAAUAGGUGAACCCUCCGAAAAGAGCAACGGUGGACCAUGUGAUACUUGACCUUCACGGAGAGAACUCAUGCACACUACAGAAGAUGUCAAAUCUGAUCUGAAGCUGUUCUUGAGAGGAUCACCCAGCUCAUAAUUCAAUCAUAUUUCCUAUGUUUUGUUUAGCAUUACUCAAACACAAUGGGCCAAUAGUGACGAAAAAGUAGUUUUCAAUGCUGGGUCUUCAGUUAUUGAGGAGUACCAGACGUCUCACCAUGGAUUUGAAGGAGAUUUUCUUCACUAGAGAGCGACUGUGAAACACACCGGAGUGAUUCGGACACUGGGAGCUGGGAGGAUUAGCUUGAGUGCUGCUAACCCAUGGUGGAUCUGCUGUGAGCAGGACAAGGGACUCAGCGGUGGAGGAUGUCAGCAGAGGCCGAGCUCCAGCCGGGUGUCAAAACCAGCCAGAGAAAGGAGUCCAGGCGGAUCAAAGGUCAGGACCGCAGUGAGGCGGGGCUUAUUAAGCGUUUCCGCGGCGAUGGCGUGCGCUACAAGGCCAAGCUGAUCGGGAUUGAUGAGGUGACAGCGGCGCGUGGGGACAAGCUGUGCCAGGACUCCAUGAUGAAGCUGAAGGGAAUGGCUUCCUCGGCACGUUCCAAAGGAGAGCACAAGCAGAGAGUCUUCCUGACGGUCUCUUUCGGCGGGAUCAAGAUUUACUGUGAAAGAUCAGGGGUGCUCCUUCAUCACCACUCAGUCCAUGAGAUCAGCUACAUCGCCAAGGACACCAGGGACCACCGGGCCUUCGGCUAUGUCUGUGGGAAGGAGGGCCACCACAGGUUUGUGGCCAUCAAGACCGCACAGUCUGCGGAGCCUCUCAUCAUUGACCUGCGCGACCUCUUCACUCUCAUCUACGACAUUAAACAGCGGGAGGAGAUGGAGAAGAAGGCCCAGAAGGACAAGCAGUGUGAGCAGGCGGUCUACCAGACCAUCCUGGAAGACGAAGUGGACGAUCCAGUUUACCAGUACAUAGUGUUUGAGGCUGGACACGAACCCCUCCGUGGCCCCCAGUCAGAGGAGAGCGUUUAUCAGGUCCCAACCAGUCAGCAGAAGGAAGGGAUCUAUGAUGUCCCAAAACGCCAUUUCAUGACUAACAUCAACCACUUUGAUCUUUUUGGCGACAUGUCCACUCCUCCCUCGAUGCCCCCUUCACCUGCCAACACGUUGGACCCGAGCAGGAGCAGCCGCCAGCAGCAACACACUCCUGCUGAGCUGUACGCCCCCUUCAGCCCCACCUCCGUGCCGUCAGGUUAUAUGACCAUGGGUCCGGUGCAGGCAGCUCAGUGGGCCCAGCAGCCGUUUCCUGCCCAGGCUCAGACUCUGGCCUUCCCAGUGCAGGGGCCCCUCCAGGUGGCUCAGGUCCUCCCUGGUGGUCAGCCUGUCAUCUGGAGCCAGGCCAACAUCUUCCCUGCCACUCAGCAGCAGUGGGCAGCCAUGGCGGCGUACAUGCCAGCCCAGACGGUGGGCGUCGGGGGCCACGCCAUCCCAGCUGCCAUGCUCCAAGGCCUGGUACCCAUCACGACCAUGUGCCCCCAAGCCUGCGACCUGUCAGCCCCGUCCUCGGCCAUCACCAGCCCCCAGCACACAGCCGACUCCACCCUGCUCCAGAGGCAGCUUAGCCUGGGGAAAGAAGGCCUCGACUCGGACGCAGGCGAGGGUCCGUCCACGUCGGGGGCAGCAGGUGCGGGACCUGGUGCUGUGUCAGCAGCGGUGAGCAGGUGUGGAACCCCAGGCCUCAUGAACGUACCGGACACACUGGUCUGCACUCAGCUGCUGCCACCUCCGACUGCUGCGACCCAGGAAGAGGAAGGGAGCUGUAGUGACCUCGAUCUCUCCAGGAUGACGUUGAGUCCAGGUACAUCCACAUCACCGUCUACUGAAUCUCCAUCUACUCCAGCCCCUCAGCAGAGCUCAUCUUCAGACUGUCCUCCCUCCCAGGCUAGUGACCUCCCUACAGAUCACUCGCCUGUUGACCCUGAAGGCAACGCCAGCAAGGAGGAACAAUCGGGUGCUACUGCUGCAAGGUCGGAGUCUCCGGUGCCUGACGGAGCUCCUGAUCCUCCGCAGGAUCAAACCUGUCCACAAGAAGACAAAAAGAGACAACGAGCCAAACACCACAACACCUGCUCUGUGGCUCCGAGGUCCUGCACUGUUGUGUAUUCAGCUCCACCUCUGUCUCUAAUGCUGGCAAUGUUUUCUGUGAUGAUCCAGACGAGUGCACACAGUUUGCACAGCUGUCUGCUCUGUGUUACUUUGACUUUGGUGCUGCUAAGUGAAGUUGCCAUAACAACAGCAAGCAGAGGAGAUCCGAGUGUCCGUGAAGCUCGGUCAGUGGGUGGUCAGGUGGUUCAACCAGUGGACUGUGUUUUAUCAGUGUGGAGCGCUUGGUCACGCUGCGACACCUGUCAGAAGAAGAGAUAUCGCUAUGCUAAGCUGGAGCAGCCCUCGCAGUUUGGAGGGGAGCCGUGCAGCGUCCAUGGCAGGGAGGAGGAGGCCUGCAUCGUUCCAGCCCGCUACACCUGUGACAAUGUUCCUCUCUGUGAAGGAUUCCUCUGCACCCAGACAGGUCGCUGUAUUCCCAGACCGUUGCAGUGUAACGGGGAGGAUGACUGCGGGGACAUGUCAGAUGAAGCAGGCUGUAAGACGCUUUCUAAGCCCUGCAGGCAGGAGGCUGAGGAGUACUGGGGAAUUGAAAAUCUUGCCAAAGGAAUAAACAUCUUGAACAGUAACCUGGAAGGAGUGGUGCUUGAUAACAGAUACUACGCAGGCAGCUGUCUGCCUCAUUAUAUCCAGGAUGUCAGAUUCAGGAAGCCUUACAACUUACAGCAGUACACGCUACAGACAAAAGGCAAUUAUGAUUUCACCCUGCAGUCUUUUGAGUCAUACUCUGACUACAUGGACCACACCAUUAAGGAGCGCACGUCCAAAACCACCGUUUCCACUGGCUUUGGCAUUCCAGGCAUAGUGGAAUUUGGAUUCAACUACAAUAGUGGCAAAUACUCUAAGUCAAUCAAGAAGAUUCGCCGCGUGUCUGGCAAGACCAACAGCUUUGUGAAGGCAAAAGCAGAACUGGAGCUGGCCCAGUACAUGUUGAAGUCGGGUGGUUUGAUGCUUCACCCAGAGUUUCUGCAGCGUCUACGCGCCCUGCCACAGACUUAUGUUUAUGGGGAAUACAGACAGAUCUACAGAGACUAUGGCACCCACUACAUCACCGAGGCUGCACUCGGAGGAGACUAUGAGCACACCAUCAUCUUGAACAAGGAGAGACUGGAGAAGUCAGAUUAUUCCUUGGAAGACUACAAAUCUUGUGUGCAGGUAGGCCUUAAGGUUGGUGUGAACGUAGGUGUUUAUGUGACGGGUGGGAUACAAGGUGGAUCCUGUGAUGGCCUUCUGAAUGAGAUGGGAACGGACACAGUAAACGGCAGCAUGGUGGAGGACUUUGUUGCUGUUGUAAACGGUGGAAGUAGCGAAUCCAUCACUGCUUUGGUGUCGAAGAAGCUUCCCACCCCAGAGCUGAUGAGGCUAUGGUGCGAAGGUGUGCGCUUCAACCCUGACUUCAUUCGCAAAACAACUCGGCCGCUGUACGAGCUGGUGACCUCCAGAGACUUUUCCCAUCAUACCACCUUGAAAAGAAACCUGAAGAGAGCCCUGUCAGAGCACCUGGCGGAGGCUAGUUCAUGUCGCUGUGCUCCCUGUCGCAACAAUGGAGUGGCUGUUAUGAGAGGAACAAGGUGUGACUGUGUGUGUGCUGUUGGUUACUCUGGACGGGGCUGUGAAAUCACUAACAGGCGAAAAGAAAUGGCCAUCGACGGCAGCUGGAGCUGCUGGGGAACGUGGUCGUCCUGCAGCGGAGGAAAAAUGACGAGGAGUCGACAGUGUAACAACCCAACACCCAGCAAUGGAGGCAUGACAUGCAGAGGACUGCAGGAAGACUCUACUGACUGCUUUUAAGAAUCCCUGAUGUCAAGGAUGUCAUAGUGUGUGGUGUGUUUAUCUUUGACUGCCUAAGUGUGACUUAAUGAUUCAUAUUUGAAUAAAAACGCACCUAAAUUGGA